UAAUGGAUUAAGACAAGUGUUAAUUAUCUACAAUUAUCAUUAUUUUGACUGGUGGUCAUCAGGUUAUGAUUACUGCCAUAUCAAAAUCAUAAAGCAUGACAGUAGGUUAUAAAUAAACUCUCACCGAACAUUCCCUCAUCAAGAAUGGAGCUGUUAAAAUGUUUAAGCAAGGAAUUAUUGCGGAGAAACCAUACACAUGGUAUUCGGCAAUUUUCCGCAAGUGUUUUCAAACAAAAUCAGACUGAAAGUCAAUCAAAAAAUGAAGAAGAAAGAACGACACACUUUGGAUUCGAGACUGUCAAAGAAAGUGAGAAAGGGAAGAAAGUUCACACUGUCUUCGAGCAAGUAGCGAAUUCGUACGAUUUAAUGAACGAUGCAAUGAGUCUGGGUAUUCACAGGAUAUGGAAAGACAUGUUCAUUCAGGAGUUGUCUCCAACCCACGGCAGCAAAUUGCUGGACAUGGCCGGUGGCACUGGAGACAUUACAUUCAGAUAUCUUCAUUACUUGAACACUCGUAUGAACCCUAAGGGCUUGAAGAGCCACGUCACGGUGUCUGAUAUCAAUCAGAACAUGCUGGAUGUUGGUAAAACCAGGGCCGAACGCUUGGGAUACACUGUGCAGAAGGGGUAUGACAUCGCGUGGCUUCAGGGAGAUGCUGAGAAAUUACCCAUCAAGGACGAGUCGUACACAGCGUACACCAUUGCUUUCGGAGUUCGUAAUUGCACUCGAAUCGACAAGGUUCUCGAAGAAGCUUACAGGGUUCUGCAGCCUGGGGGACGAUUUUUAUGUCUCGAAUUCAGUCAUUUAACAAAUAACUCUCUGCAAUGGGCAUACGAUCAAUAUUCCUUCCAAAUGAUCCCUGUAAUGGGAAUGCUUCUUGCCGGAAAAUGGGAGCCAUACCAAUACCUAGUGGAGAGUAUUCGCAGAUUCCCAAAGCAAGAGGAGUUCAAAGAAAUGAUCGAAAAUGCAGGCUUCAGACAUGUGACGUAUCGCAACCUCACGUUCGGAAUCGUAGCCAUCCACUCAGGCUUCAAAAUUUAAUCAAAUUGAGACACUGUCCCACCAAAUUAUUGAAUUAAUUACUAAAUACUUGUGUCAAUUGUUGUUGAAUAAUUAUUUGAAUACCCAUUGGAAUGAAAGAAAUCCGAGAAAACAGGGAGAAAUAACUCCAAUUGUGGUUUCCUUUAGAGACAACUGUAUUAGUAUUUAGUAUUGAGGAAUGCAGCUUUAGACAGAGCAGUUUAAAUAUACACACAGGUUACAGUCCAUCCAAAGGUUUCACAAACAUUAAAUUAAUACGGUCCCUCUAAUUUUAAAAUGAUUCUUUCUCGGGGUGUCUCAAUCCAAAUCCUAUUCUGCCUUCUCUCCACUGAAUUUUCAUUGCUAUUAGCCUACUGUUUUUCGAAGAGAUGUGGACCAGUCUUACCUUCGAUGGAAGCAAUUUUUCUAGAGGUACAUUCAUAUUCUCUCUUCGAAAUUUAAUGCCCAUCAGUAUUUCCAAUUACAUUAAUUUUAAAAUCACCCAAUUCCAAUCGCAAUUUCCUCAGAAUACGCAAUGAAAACUUUCAUUGAGACACGCCGUGAUUUUUUCAUGGCAUCUAGGCCACAUUGUCUUUAUUUAAUUUAAUGAUCUUCUUUUCGGGUGCAAAAGAUUUAAAAUUGGAGAAUGCAACGAGCCUCGAGAGAAGUGAGGCUCGGCAUAUUAUAAAUUUUUCUAAGUGUUAUAUUUUUUUUUCAUUUUUCAUCAUAAAAAUUACAGCUACACCACGUAUGGAGAUUGAAAUAAGUUGUCGACCAUCUAACGCCUCAAUCGCAAUUGAAUUUUGGAUAAUGAAGCUGGUACAGAGAAUUUAUCAAUUUACCCAGUAUUUUUAAUAUAUUUUUUUCACUCCUAACAAAAUCGAAGCACUGCCAGAAUAUUUCUCAAGUAAAUUCAAUGAUGCAGCUACAGAUUAUAAAAUCCCUCCAAGUGGAAGUGUAAACGAAAAAGGAAAAAAAAAACGAGGGGUAAAUAAAUGUUAUAAAAUUUGACUCAUUCAACAGAUAUUUCCUACAGUUCUUUAAAUUCGAUGGGUCGUUGAUAAUUAUCGUUAAAAUUUUUCAAUUACACAUUAUAAAAUACUAGACUUUGUUUUCUACACCUGUUUGAAUAUAUUCUCCUAUCCUUUCUCCAUUUUAUGAUCCAAUGAUUUCUUCAAGCGUUCACAUAUCAAGUGGAGUGCAAAUAAUAUACAUAUUUUAUAAAUCAUCUAUAUAAGGACUUUGAAUACUUAGUCUAGAUUUUUCUUAGAUAAUACCGUAGCCUUCUGCAAUGCGAGAGCAUUUCCUCUAUUUUUUUUUUAUUCUGUUAAAUAAAAAAUUUAUCAUCAAAACGUUUUAUUUUUAUGCAUAAUGCAAUGUUUUUUCUGGACCGCACAGAAAUAAAAGUGAACCGCAGUUAUGAAUUGCUAUACUUUCCCUUUAAGUUUUCAAUACGAUAAACGUCUCGUAUUGAAGAUCAACAGAGAAUCCAUAAGUCAUCACUCGUAACGAAUAAGAUGAUUGAAAUAUGCAACGUCAUUUCGAGAUAAAAAGCCUAAGGAUUUUUUUUUUGUCAAAGUUCCCACGGUCACAUCCUUGUGCCAAUCACAAAAUUACAACGACGGUAACGGAUAUUGAUUUAAUAUCAUGAUAUAAUAUUUAAUCUUAAACACUAUUUACUAUUGAUAUUCGGUUUUUUUUUGUUAUGCAGAUAAUAGACGAGCGCAUAAUAACUGAAUCGAUAAAUCAUUAACUAGAAAAAUAAUAGCGAAAAAAAUACUAAAAUAAAUUGAAUGCCAUAUUGAGUCGGUGUAAUGAACUUUUUAAUAUUCGUUACCAUUGAUAAAAACAAAAAUUCAAUAAAACCGAGAAUUGAAAAAAAAAAA